UUUGGAAGUUUUUGGACAAUUCCCAGGUUGGAUUGGCCUGGGGAGGAAAUGAAAGAGAAGUAGCAACUGCUCAUGCUCUGAGAGCAACGUAGAUGGCGAGAAGGAAGCUUUUGGUUCUGUUGAAACCUUUUGAUGUUUUCCCAGUCCGUACCUCCGACGCUUCUCGGACCAUCAAUUCUCAAACGUCGCAAAUUCUAGAGUAUCUGGACAACCGGCGAAAGGUGCACAAGGAUGCCAUAAGGUUAUGUCAGAGUAUACUGCAGCGAAAGCCUGUAGAUUGGGAACCCGUGUUACGAAACGAUCUGUCCCAGCCGAUACAGAAUGUGGAUCUCGUUGUCACGAUCGGGGGCGAUGGCACUCUGUUGCAGGCCAGUCAUUUUAUGGAUGACUCGAUUCCUGUUCUCGGGGUGAAUUCCGACCCUACGCAAGCCAAGGAAGUGGAAGACCUCAAUGAUGCGUUUGAUGCCACACGAAGCACGGGAUACCUUUGUGCAGCUAAUGUCAAUAACUUUGAACAAAUGCUUGAUGACAUUCUGGAUGAUAGAUUAAUUCCUUCAAAAUUGACGAGGUUAGCAGUCCAUGUGAACUCACACUUGAUGCCAAAAUAUGCUCUUAAUGAUAUUUUGGUUUCACAUCCAUGUCCAGCGGCAGUUUCUCGUUUCUCAUUCAGAAUUAGGAAACAUGACCAGCCUUGCUCCCCAUUAGUAAAUUGCCGAUCAAGCGGCCUCCGGGUUUCAACAGCUGCUGGAUCAACGGCUGCUAUGCUCUCCACAGGAGGAUACCAAAUGCCCAUCUUGUCUCAAGAUCUCCAGUACAUAGUAAGAGAGCCUAUAUCACCCGGUGCAGCCUUUAGCCUGAUGCGUGGAGUGGUGCAGUCAGAUCAGCUUAUGGAUGCUGCAUGGUUUUGUAAAGAUGGUGUGAUACAUAUCGACGGUUCCCAUGUGCGUUGCUCUAUCAAACAUGGGGAUAAUAUCGUGAUAUCUUCCAAGGCUCCGGUUUUGAGUGUUUAUCUGCCUUCUUAUGUAUUGUCAUAGAAAAAUGUCUCUGGUCUUGGGAAAUUUUCUAUAGAGAGGUUGCCAGGUUGCCUGCUAUGAACUAUUGCAGUUCCAUCUGGUUGAGUUAUGUAUGAAGGGCUAGGGAAAAACCAAGAACUUUGACUGAUCUUUUGACAUCAUCGGUGAAAGCCUUUAAGUAUAUGUGAGAUCAAGAAAAAUUCUGACUAGCAGG